ACCACCUCGCCUGACUCCCCACGCGGAAUAUUACUUUCUUGACUUCGUCGCUGCUAUCUGAUAUCUUUUCACCUUUCUACUCGCGAAACUGUCGAGCUGAGCUCCGGUGACCAACGCAUUCACCCUCCCUUCAGCCAAACCCGGCCCCGUCAGCACCACAAUCAACAACAUCCACCAUGCGAAUACCGUCCAGCCUCUCUUCUACCCUUCUCUCCUCCGCCCUGUUCCUCCCCAGUCUCGUCUCUGCCUCGGGCAGUUUCGACUGCAAAAACAUAAUCGUCGACAAAAUCAAAUAUGACCUCAGCCCCCUCGGCGGCGUACACACCCUCUACAACGUAGUCGAGAAACCCGAGGAAUCCGCGACAGUCAACACGACAUAUGUACUCAACAUCUGCAACAUUCUGGGGAAGGCAGCCAACCGAGAGCACUUGAAGUGCGGGACCUCCAAAAACAUCUGCGGCUUCGAAUACCGAACCCACGCGAACAGCAGCGUUGAAACAGACCAGGGAUUCCCCAUCGCGGGCUACGACCACCUCGGAUCCGGCAGCAAAGACACCGAGGUCACUCGCUUAAAGCAAUCCGACUCCUCUCGUGAAGGUCUCCUGGUCAAGUUUGCCGGCGGCAGCUACGAGGACACGACUGGAAAGAAGCACGCCACCAAAGCCGUGAUCGAGUUCAACUGUGACCCCGACCGGUCGGGGUUGGAAGGUCUCCGGACCACGAACGAGCCGGCGAGUGAGGCUGUGCUGCACGCCCGCGCGGAAGAGGGCAGCGGCAGCAGAAAUAGUAGCAGCAGUCUUCAAUUCAAGAGCUUUGGUCCCGCCGACGAUGAUACCUACGUGCUGCGGCUGGACUGGGCGACCCGGUACGCGUGCGACAAGUACCGAGAUGAUAACAAGGGGGACUCGUCGAGUCAUUGGGGAUUCUUUACCUGGUUGAUAAUCCUUCUCUUCCUGUGUACUGCUGCCUACUUGAUCUUGGGUUCCUGGCUCAAUUAUAACCGCUACGGUGCCCGUGGGUGGGAUCUUCUCCCGCACGGGGACACGCUGCGCGAUGUCCCCUACAUCUUCCAGGAUUGGGUCCGUCGGGUGGUCAACACGUUGCAAGGGUCGGGGUCACGAGGCGGCUACAGUGCGGUUUAGAAGGUUGUCUAUUUCUGUACGUUUUGUAUUGAAGGAAGUUGGGAGAUGUGGUGCGAGAAAGCGUGGGUUCUGGUUGAGUAGCCGGCAUACGGACGGAUUCCAGGCGUACUUCCAUACUUAGGCAGGGACGUCCUUGUGUGGUGGGGCGGUAGUUGUGGUGAAUUAGAAACUUUGGAAUAUGAUACAAAUGGCUAGCUUUAUUGCUUUGAUACACGAGACAGUUAAUCAUGAUGAUGGGUGUACAUGCCCCUUGCUGGAUACUGUUGAGUAAAAGUGAAGGAGCACAGCGAGGCCGUUGAUGUG